UUAUUCUAUUUUUUAGAUAUUCGAAUUUUAAUAGACCAAAAAAGUUAUCUAGAUUAAUUCAGGUAAUUUAUCUUGGGAUUCCAACUUUUUGUUUAUGGGGAGAACUAGUUAGGGAUCGAGCUGUUGCUCCUGAAAUCUCGAUGCAAUACAAAAGAAAAAAAAUAGUUUAUGCUUUUCUUGUUAAUGUCGCAAAAUCUUCUUUAUAAACCCUUCCCGUUUUAUCAUUUGAGGUACAUUUACGUAUUCCCAUUUUUGUUCCUAUAUAUAUGAGUCGAGUCUAAGUCUCGUAGAACAUUUAAGUAAUCAAUAUCGUAAGCUAUAACUCUUUUGUUCCUUUUUGUUUUUCAGUUUUUUUACAUCAACCCAUUUUUUCUUGGGUUCUUGUUUUUGAAAAGUUUUUUAAUCAAACAUCAUCUUCUUCUCAAUUUUUGUUUUCAAAUCUGAGGGAUAUAUAAAAAUGGUUGAACUCUUGUUUCUACUAUCCUUUUUAGUGGAACUACAAAGUAAUUGCUUUCAUAUGAAUCUUGAGAGCAUAAAAAUGAAAGAAGGGGUCAUGAGUUUUAUUUCAUUACUUUUUAAGAGACCAGUUUCAUGGUUAUCUUUUCUUGCCCUACCUCUUCUUCACAUUGUAGGACUUGGGUUCUCACAAAUCUUCCUAACCUCAGCUGCUUUGUUCUUCUCCUCUUUCUUCUUCCCUCUCUCAAUCCAAAAACCAAACUCCAAGGUUCAAGAUCAUAGCCAACAAGACUCUUUAGGACAAAGUGAAGUACCUACGACCACUGAUGAUAUUGUCAAAAAUAAUGACGAAGACGACGGGACAAUCCCUGAUGAGGAAAGUCUCAUAGAGCUCUCCUUACCAAGUGGUCACUACAUUGGCCACCACUACAGUACUAUGAUUGGUAAAAAUGAUCAAAGGAUCAUGUACAACAACAUACCAGAUUUCAGGCUUAUUCAACUAUCAGCCGAGUAUGAAGACGAUAAUCUGAUCGAAAUCGACAUUUCCAUCGGAUCCAUCAAGUGUUCAAGGUUCCAGAUCAAAGCCUGAUACUGAUACAUCUUUAUAUCUUUUAUGUCGGAUAUGUAAAGUAAUAUUUGCGGUUAUUUUUGCACGUCACAAGUGCUCUAUGCUUUUCUUUUUUUGUUCUAGAUAUCUCCAUUCAUGGGGUUUUUCUAUUGUUAGACACAAUACUCUUCCAAUGUUUUAGAAUUUCUUUAUCUUGCGUACCACACUCUUUGCCUUUUUACUACUGAAAUUUUGAACAUAUUACGUAAUUAAUUUGCAUGACGUCACGCGGAAUAGUAUUUCUUUUUGUCUGAUAUUUGAAAUAU